GUUGUGAUAAACUUAUUAAAUAGAAAUCACAUGGAACGAUGUGAUAGAAUUUUUGAUAGUUCAUUUUUCGACUCAGAAGAGAAUUUUCAUGGCCUUUCUGGAGAGAAACUUCUAUGGCUCGUAAAAGAGGAAAUAAUUCUUCUAACAGGUGGCCGUGACAAGAAGGGCUGUAGGAUCCUUAGUUGCCCCUCGAAGAAGGAAACAGAUCGAUAUGCCUCUGAAGACUUGCAGCUGCUGAUCACGUACCUCUUAGGAAUCCCUUCUCAGGAUGAAGGCAAACCAGGCUUCACUAUCCUCGUGGACAUGCGAAGAUGUAAAUGGGAAACAGUCAAACCUCUUCUGAAAGCAUUUGAUGAUUCAAAUAAAGAACAACAGAUACAGUCCGCUUUGGUGAUUCGACCAGACAAUUUUCUACAAAAGCAAAAAGCCAAUUUUGGGUCGUCUAAGUUAUCGUUUGAGACGUCAGUCAUCAGUUUGGAAGCACUCGUUAAAUUUAUUGAUAAGACGCAAGUUACAAUUCACUUCGAAGGAACUUUAAACUACGAUCAUAACCAGUGGAUUCAUUUGAGACAUUCAUUCGAGACAUUCACAUGGCAGGCCAACAGUUUUCUAGCAAAACUAGAGAAGGUGCAAGAGCGCAUGGCUUCAGUGGAACUUGCUGCGGACUCGCAAACAGCGCUUGUUGCUUCAAAUCAGCAUCAAAAAUUCCAACAAGUGAUCGAAAACGCUCCAUUUCCGCAAAUUGCGCAGCAAGGAAUGUCACUAGAGCAAACUCUGAACCAAUGUUGCUACUCCUCUAAGUUCUAUACCAAUUCAUCAAGUGGGACAACAAGUUGUCAGUUAGUGUUGACAGGAAACCCAGACUUCGCUUCCUGGAUCCCAAAAGUACAUAACCUAGUCGAACGAAUCCAGUUCUUCAGACCCCAUCUGAUGGAACUGUGGGGCUCGAACAGACAGCGGUUGGACCAAUGUUACCAGCUGAGGGCAUUUGAGGCGGAUAUGGUGAUUGUGUUUCAAUGGCUGGAGGAAAGUAGGAAGAUAUUUAUGUUCACGUACAAUCAAGUUUGCGAUAGUUCUCAAUCAGCAUUGGCGCUACAGAAGAAUGACGAGGCUUUCAACCAAGUUGCGACGGAUGCUUUCAAGGAAAUUGACCGUCUGGUUAGUCUGGCUGGUCACUUGGUCUCUAAAAACCAUUACGCCAGACAUGAUAUCACUCAUGAAGCACAGCGUCUAGAACGAGAGCGAAAUGUGUUUGCGGGAGUGCUGGCAGAAAGGACACGAAUUAUCUCUUUGACUGUCAAAUUCUUCUCCAAAGCAGAGGAUUUCAUCAAUUCAGUUCCAAGUUGGACAGAAGCCAUUCUGGGAAUAGAUUUCACUAUGACAGCCCCCAAUGAACUCAUAGACAUGAAGGAGUCCCUCAACCAGGCAUUCAACAAGAUUAAAGUUUUCUACAACGAGGUGGGUCAACUGGCUAAAGCGCUACUGGAACUGCUUUUACAACCCCCUCCAGUAGACGAAUACGGAAAUGGACAAUCAUGGGCCAAUGAUUUGAAUUACAGUGUUUGCAGUGACCCAGUUUCAGCCAUGAAGACUCGAGUUCUGAAAGAUUUCCAACAUCUCGAAAUGGCAUAUGAGAACAAACUACAAUGCAUUAGUUUAUUCAUUGCCGUUGAAAUGUUUGAAAAAGACGUAAACGCGGUUGUGAGUUGGAUUGACGAUCAUGGUGAACCCUUCAUAAGGAAAACUACAAAUAUCGGAAAGUCUCUGACCAGAACCAAAGCGCUGGUCAGGAAGCACGAUGAAUUUAUAACGAUUGCCAAAAGCACCCAGAAGAACGCCCAAAAAGUGGUGCAGACUGGCAAUGAGCUUCUACGUCUUGGAGUUGGAGACCAGUCCAAAAUAUCCAAGUACAUCAAUCUAAUCCAGGUGAAAAUGAACCAAUUUCAGGAGAAAGUCGAUUACAGGACCAAUUUGCUCCAACUUGCUUUUAAAUUUUACGACAACAUGAAAAAUAUAAACGCAUGGAUCAAGCUGCUUAAAGAGAAACUAAGUGACAAUUCGGUCCCGGAAACAUUAGAAGCUGUCAGAAGCGCAAAGAAAUCGUUUGAGACUGAACGCAAUGCAACAAUUGACGCAAUGCUGGACUGUCGGAAUGAUGGCGAGAAAUUGAGAGAGGAGCUACGUCAAAUGGCAAUUGACAACGAUGACUCAAGAAAGUAUACCUUGCCUGAUGUUGUGAACGAAAGUAUGACCAGUUCUGAGAAGAGUGAUAGUGGUAUUGGCAGUGAACGGAGUGUGAACGAAGCCAGAGGGAAAUCGAGGAGUGGAAAUUCUGGAGCUGGCGCUGGAACAGUUGAUGAAGCUGGAUACCGAGCUGUAACUGAGUUGAUAGCGAGUCUAGACGAUCAUAGACGUGAACUAGAUGAAUUGUGGAGUAAUCGGAAGUUCAGUUUGGAUUUGGGGGAGCAGCUUCGCUGGUUCGAACAACGAUGUCGAGAGAUCAACGAAAACGCGAGUUAUUGGGUUGCACAACUGGAUGAAAUCAGACGACACGAAAAUGCCAAUAGUGUUGCGCAGAUGUUGCAAAACUCUUCGGAAGCCGUGAAUGCAACAGUUCAAAAUGCAAAAGAAGUUUUAAAAGCAGGACAGGAGUUGUAUUUGUAUGUUCGGAAUGUGACCAACAUUCAUUUUUUCGACUGUAAUUUGAUGGGAAUAAGCGCGGAUGAAUACGUUAAAAAGUUGUGGACUGAUUUGAAAGAUAAUGUAGAGACACUUCAAGAAUCAGACAACCAACAAAGACAACAAUUUCAGCUGCAAAUUGAGGUCAACAACUUUGAAGACGAAUGCAAGGAAGCGUUAGACUGGAUUCAAACAGCUGAGAAUCAACUGAACCAUUCUCCUAUUCAACUGUCUUGCUUGGACGAUGCGUCGAAACUCGAAGACGAAACUCGACAUUUUCAUGCCUGUCUGCAAAAACAGCAUCAAAGUAUCCUUGGAGUGUAUCGUCGGGCAGAGUUUAUUCUGAGCUCAAUGGAGUAUAUAAAUUCAGAUCCAGGAGCUUCAAAUGGCGACGAUAUGUACCAGGAUGACUUCAAAGGUAAUGUCAGGAUCAAUCAGCUGGCGAAGCAAAUUGCCGACGAUUGGGGUCGUCUAGUUUCGAGAGUUGAAUACAGGAAUGACUUGGCCAGGACAGCUAGUAACUUCUUCAAGACUCAUGCUAACUUGGUCGACACAUUAGAAUCCCUUCAGAGGGACUUCAGCUUAGAGGAGGAUACGUCACCAGAUAUGCCGGUCGAAGCUUUGAGAUCACUUCUCGCUAAACACAGCAGCUGCAAAGAUGAUUUCACAAAGCUAUGUGGUUUCAUCCGUAAAUUAUCUGAAGGUUUCUUGGCACAGCUUCUGAGAAAAGUUAACCAUGAGCCUUUCAGUUCGGAUAAGCGGGAUGACAAGAUCUCGAAAAAUGUUGUUCAGCAGAAAAUGGAUUCGGUUUUGGUCUCGGAAACUAACUUACUAGCUGCAUGGGACAAGCGAAAGAAACGACUCGACACUCAUUUGAAAGUUGCAGAGCUUAGACAUGACUGUGAAAAUGUUCUCAAAUGGCUAAAGAAUAAUCGGGAAGUCUACAUUAAUGCUACUACAGGAAUCAUCGCGGGGGCGCAGCCUUUAACAGGCGACCAACUGCGACUUGUCAUUUCUCAGCAUGAAUCAUUCAGGCAACAAGCUAGACAACAGAAACAGAAUGUAGAGGAGCUCAUGUGCCGUUUCGCAGACCUGAAGAACUCCCAAACGCCCGUCUCCGAAACUUCAGAUAAGGUUCCGAGUAGUCCUUCACUGGUACAUCCGACACUUCAGAUGAACGAUUUACAAAAACUGUGCAAAAAAGUAUAUGCUACGUAUAAGUGCUUCCACAAAGAUACUGACGCAAUAUGUGCCCAGAGUUACAGACUGCUGGGUGCACCACCGCCUUGGGAAAAACUGGUUCCGUUGCAAUUGGAAUGUCCAGCACCGGAUACGCCAGUUGGAACUGGGAAUCUGUCAUCUGGUGUUUCAACUCCCGGUUCCGGGACGCCAGGCACUGAUACGAUAGGCCAGUUGCAGCCAGUCCCGUCUACGCCUGUGAUUGAUAGUGAGAAAUGCAGACUUGAAAGAAAACGAGACUUCGUUAUAAACGAAUUAUUAGAAACAGAAAAACUCUACGUCAAAGACUUAGAACUAUGCGUGAAAAACUACUUGGGUAGUUUCAAAAGUGCGCCCAAUAUGCCACCUACAUUAAUGGACAAGAAGUCAAUCAUAUUUGCGAACAUUGAACAGAUCUACAAUUUCCAUUCAGAAAUAUUCUUGAAAGAAUUGGAAGGCUACAGAGGCAGGCCGGAGGAUGUUGGCCAUGGAUUUGUGAGAAACGCAAACAAGUUCAAGCAUCUAUAUGUGGAGUAUUGUAAGAACAUGCCUGAUUCAAACAGGGUCAUCCUCAUGCCGGAGUCAAGUGCGUUUUUUGAGACUGUUAAAGAGAGCUGCAAGCUGACUCUCGAAAUCCAGUCGUGUCUGAUCAAACCAGUGCAGCGUAUCACCAAGUACGGUCUGCUGCUGAAGGACUUGUUGAGCUGCUGUGACUUCCAAUCCGAGAUCAAGGAAGCUCUGGAGCUGAUGCGCAAUGUGCCCCAGAAAGCAAACGACACUAUGCACCUCUCUUUGCUUCAAAAUGUACCAAAGGAGCUUAACUUGGAUUCGCAGGGAGACCUGAUCCUUCAGGACACUUUCCAAAUGUGGGAGCCCAGACAACUCAUCAAGAAGGGCAGAGAGCGACAUGUGUUCCUCUUCGAAGACUUCAUCAUCUUUGCUAAGGUGGUUAAAGACGCCAAUGGACAGAAGAAGUACCUCUACAAGAAUAAGUUCGACGUGCGAAGUGCAGACUUCAGCAUCACAGACCACGUAGACAUUGAGAGAAAGUUCGGACUCUACUUCUCCAGACCCUACAAUGAUAGCAACAAAUAUGUGCUCAGGGCUCCCACUGAGGAUAUCAAAAAUGACUGGCUAGUGGCUCUGAGGAGUGCCAAGAGACCAGAACUGUACCUGGAAAAGAAUCUGGACGUGACUUCAGCUGCAGCAGGAGCAACUAGACGCUCAGUGAAUUUGGCUGCUCAGCAGCAGAACAGUGCCAGCACUCCCACUGGAUCCAUGUCGUCCCAGUUGAGAUCCAUCUCUGGAUCCACUAUCGCCUCAUCCGACCUCGGAUCCCCAUUGGCUUCGCAGAGUAGUCUGCAACACUCUAAUAGAGAUUCCAAAAUCAGCAGGGACUCCCAAGCAAGUACUGGUGACGAGCGAGAACCGAGCAUGCUUUCGAAUGAGUAUAUAGAGCUUAGUCCUGUUCUCACGAGUCAUAACAGUAAUAGCAACUCCUUCAACUAUUCGGCAUCUCAGCUCCCAGCCGCCGGCCCGCUAUCGUCUUCAUCGACGGCCUCUAGUUCCCACCUUUAUAUGAACACAGCUGGCGUAUCGAGUAGCGGACACUCAGCUUCAUUUGAUAGCAAUUACAGCAACUACGCAAUAUCCACUUCGUCUAAUCAAGGACCUCCUCCGCCUAGUAUGAUGCGACAGCACUCUGCGGGACCAUUCGUGGAAAAGUAUGAGAAACGAGUAUCAGUGUCGAGUAUGUCUAGUUCGACAGGAGGUAUCCACAGUGACAAGGAGGACCAAGGUCACGACAUUCUCAGUGUAAUGUGCGACAUAACUUCGACACCAGUGGGUGGAGCAAUGGGGGUCGCCACUGGGAUAAGCGAAGGGGUAGGGGGAGAUAAUGAACGCACUGUGUGCAAUAGCAACGAGGAGCACGUAGGAGGGGAUGCCGAGAUGACAGACUACUACUCGAAUGUGGCAGCCUCAUUUUCUUCAUCAGCGGCUGCUCCAAACAGCCAGAGGCUCAGUUCUCUGUCACAAGAGGACAAUUCAGAUCUACUGAGUGUCACAGGCAGUGACAAUGGUACGGCACCGACCAAGCGAAGUAACAGCAUCAAAAAGUGGCUCACGAGUCCAGUUCGCAAACUGAGCAGCCACAGUGCUUCCUCGUCUCACUCCUCAAACAGUAAUUUGACCAACUCCAAUAGCUCCUUCAAUCCGGCAGUCCCCACCAUAUCCGGAGGAGCCACCGGUCAGCAGAUGGGAGGCAGUGGCAAUAAGAGGUCACCCUUGACUGCUAAACUGUCAAAUACUCCACAGAUACAAGCUAUGUACAGCCAGCACUAUGGAAAUCGCAAGGCGGAACUGACCCUGCAUGACCUUAACAACGCAUCCACCAUCCACAGCUUCAACUCGAGAGCUGACAGUGCCGAGAACAUCUCAUCCCAUCUUUCCACUUGCACAAUCCAGGAAGGCAACGAAGACCCGAACAGCAUUAACCAGUGUUCGUCAACCAAUCAGAAUCACCCAUAUAACGCAGGGGCGUACGGGGACUCCUCUGUCAAUGCAACCCUAGAGAGAGACCAGGGUUCACUUUCACAGAGCCAACUUCCCCCGCCCAUGCCAGAACUGUCUCCUUCGUCCGGCCUGUCUAAUCAAGCGGCUGCUCCUGUGGACAUGAGACGCAAUAAAUCGGCCGCCGAUAUCUGUCCUUUCCAGGGCAUGUCACUGGAUGAGAUCACAGUGGGCCACCCCCCACGUGAGCCAUGUACUAAGAGGGAGUGUAUGGUGUUCGAGAUAGCGGACACGGAGGCCAAGUACGUGCACAGUCUGGGCACCAUAGUGGAACACUACAUGGCUGCAACUUCUACAAACACCACAGCCAACUUCAACAACACGUCACCCUAUUCUGCUUCUGACGUCACGACAGGUGCUCAAAACAACUCAGCCUCAUCUACUUUAACAGCAGCGUCCAGUGGAUCCCAGUGCAUUCCGGUGCCCGCCGAGCUGGCAGACAGACUACAUAUCGUGUGGGGCAACAUCCGACAGAUUUACGAGUGGCACCGCAAUACUCUCCUGCCCGCGUUAGGCUCUGCCUGCUACGCCGACAACCUGCUAGAAGUCGCUAAUUGCUUCAUUAAACACGAGAGGCGUUUCCUAAUGUAUUCCAAAUACGCAUUGAACCUUCCCAAGGCUGACUAUAUAAUGGGCGAGUUCGACAGCUACUUUGCCGAUCUGAGGAAGACUCUCAACCUGAAGCUGAGUCUGAAAGAUCUCCUGAUUGAGCCAAUCCAGCGAGCCAUGAGGUACCAGCUUAUGCUGCAGGGUCUAGUCGGACACCUGGAAAAACAUCAGGAGGAGCUGAAGACUCAAGAGGAGUCCGGACAUCUGGACCGUUUGCGAACGAGUUUGAAGGUCAUGGCAAGGAUCCCGAAAGAAGUCAAUGAUAUGAUGCAACUGGGAAAGCUGUUUGACUAUGACGGGAAGAAUGGAAGUAUCACGGCACAAGGAAAACUGAUUCUACAGGCAUCUGUGAGGUUCUACUCUGAGGGCUCGCCAAACUUAAAUAGCAGUUCGAACAAGAAAAAAGACGCUAAGAAGCUUAACUCGGGUGCUUCGGGGGGCGUUGACGCCUCUGCAGAUCUGGAUCCGAGACACGUGUUCCUAUUUGAACAGAGCAUGCUAGUAGCUGAAGCGGAGAAGGGCUCUGGAUCCUCUAAUUUUAUUGGACCCAGAUACUUCUUCAAAAAUUUUAUCAAGGGCAGUUCAAUGAACGGAGUGAUCGUGGAGGCGAACAACAACAGUAGUAACGGAUCAGUGAGCAAUGGGGCCUCCUCAUCUGAGUCGAGUAGUGUUGCGGCUGCGCCUGUUCAGUUCAGACUGGAGUGCAGCAAUGACAAGAACUACGAGCUGCAAUUUGAGAGCAGUGCCACCUGUUCACAAUGGGCAACCACAAUUACAAACCUCAUCAUGGACCGCAGAGACUUCGCGAGAGCGCUCUCAAAGCCAAUCGAGUUCCAAAAGAAACAGCUUCUGAACAGCAGCAAUAGCAGUUGCAAUUCGAGCAACAGUUCCUCAGCCAACGUCACUAGUUCGAAGCCCGCAGUCUCCGCGCCUCCAAUUCUGCUCACAACGCAUAAUCCUUGAAAGAACCCAUCAGUUUCGAUCGACGGGAAUUGAAAUGAACGAGCAUUUCGGAAGAGAGGUACUUUACUUUAGCAGGAAGCAACUGAACAUUUUAGAAUGCCGCGGAGAUGCUUUCGAUGUAAUUUUUUUUUUCGUUUUCUAUCCUAAAAGCGCUUCUAUUUUCCUAGUCGAUUUGUUUAAUAAUUAAUUACAACGGAGUGUCAUCAAUCACAAAACAAACAGACAAUGCCAGAUUAAAUCUUCUCGAAACUGCAGCAAUAUUUCUCCUUAAUUACAACACGUACCUUCUUGAUGCCAAUUGUGUAAGCUGUUGAUGUAAUUGUAAUCAUUUCAGUUUUGUGUUUAGAUAGAAAGAUUUGCAAAAUGUCAAUAUAUUAGUUAAUUUAUACAAAAUUUACGGAGCCGCAAAUAUUUAUUUACCCAAUUUGCUGUUGGAUUUUUGUCUUGGAAUUACUCCUAAAUUGUGUGGCACUUUCGAUAUAUUUUGCUGUCAGCUUGUCGCAUAAAUAAUAGAUUGAUUUCUUGACGAUACAAAUUUUCUUGCGCAGUUUUUUUGCAAGUACCUGUCAAGCUCAAAUGGAAUAUUGGACUUGGAAUACCGUGCAUUUGGAUAAUGAACAAAUUUAACUGAAAAGUGGAAUUGUACAACUUAAUAUGCAAGUUGUUAGAUAGUUAUGAUUAUUUUCAAAAAAUCGAUCAAUACAGUGAAAUAUAAUUUUGUGACUGA